CAGGUUUAAGUCAAAAAAAGUUAGCCGAGAUCCUUGAGAUAACACAGCAAACAAUAAUUAGGUGGAAGAAAGAUAAAGAUCCUUUCCGCAAAAGAAAAAGAAAACCCAAAGAUUAUGGAAUUAUUCCUGAACUCUUAAGAUCUUACAUUAUUGAUGAGGAUAACAAAUAUACUCAAAAUGAAUUAGCUGAUUUAGUUUCUAAGGAAACAGGUCAGCAAAUAACACAAAAAAAAGUUUCCUAUAUUUUAAGAAAGAGACUUAAUUAUACCUAUAAAAAACUCACUUAUCACUAUACCCAAUUGGACGAGGAGAAAGCAAAAACAUUCAAUGGGGAAAUUAAGCCUUUGCUUGAAACUAAUCCUUUUAUAGCAAUAGAUGAAUGCUCUUUUUACCCCAAUCUAAAUCCAAGGUUCGGUUAUUCCUUAAAAGGUGAAAGGGCAGUUUCUAAAAGACCCAGUCAUAAGGGCAAGCAUUACACCCUUUUAUUUGCCGUUAGCAAUUUAAAGAAAAAUGGGGAAAUAAAACCUAUCGGAAACAAAAGGAAUUACCUGAUAAUGGAUAAUGCUAGAAUACAUACUGCUUUUGGAAAGAGAAAGGAAGCAGGAUUGCCUAGUGUAGAGGAGCAAAUGCUAAAAAAGAAUAUUGAAGUAAGGUUUAUUACUAAAUAUGCUCCUAUGCUGAACCCAGUUGAGUUAUGUUUUAAUUUUUUAAGACAACGAACAGAAAGGAGUAGAUCCAGAAAUUACGAAGAAAUGAGGUUGGCGAUUGAAAAAGCUGUUAAACUACUAAAUAAGAAAAAACUAAUUACCAAAAUUAUUCCUACUAUUCAACCGCGAUUUUUUGCGACCAUUAAUAAAGAGGAACUGGAAUUAUUAAAACAAAUGGAAAUAACUGUUAAUAAAAGUAUCAACGAACGCAAUAAUUUAAUGUUAGAUCUUUUGUUUUAUACAGGAUUAAGGAUAAAUGAGUUAAGAAAUAUUCGCCAUUGUGAUUACCAAGCGGGAAGUUUAAGAAUAUUAGGUAAAGGGAAUAAAGUUAGAUAUGUGUUUUUACCUCCUUUUUUAGUGAAAUAUUUUAACCCUUAUUCACGGAAUUAUUUGUUUACUACUAAACGCCAACCAAAAAUAUCUAAUACCCAAGCCCGAACUAUUAUUUAUCAGAAAGUAAAAAAGGCGGGAAUGAUAAAAAAAAUUAGUCCUCAUACUUUUAGGAGGAGUUUUGCCACUAUCUUAAAUAAUAAGAAUGUCCGUUUAACUACUAUUCAAAAAUUAUUAGGACAUUCCCAAAUUGCCACUACUUCUACUUAUAUUCAUAAUUCUUACGAGGAACUUUAUAAGGAUUAUAGUAAAUUGUGGAUUAAAGAUGAGUUAUAUAAAAGCGAGGAUGCCCGUGAAUUAUUAGACCAAAACACGGAUAUUAUAAUGGAUGAGGCCAUACCUAAUCCCAAAGGCAAAGACAAGACUAAUUUAAAAUAUUUAGAUGAUGAGGAUAUUUUUGAAGGUAAUAAUAAAUUGCCUGUGCCAAGAUGGGCCGAGGAAAUAUGUCUAAUUAAUGAGGAUUACAGAAGGAGUGAACGCAAGAAUAAAAGAUUGUUAGAUAAUCAAGGGAUAAAAGAAUUAGUAAAAGAAUAUUUGGAGGAUAUUAAUAGUAAUAUAUUAAGAUUUGCCGAUUUUGAGA